GUGCUGCUGAGGACAAGAAUUUUUACAAAGUACACCUUUAACUGGUUUGUCAACUGCUGGAAGUAACUCAGCAAAAUAUUUCUUUCUGUAACUAAUGAAAACAGCUACCUACUUGACCCUAAAAAAUUUGGAGAAACAGCUUCUAUGGCCCUGCUUUGGAGGUGAGACAGGGCUAAUUGAGGAGAAAUUGUGUUCAUCACACACUUAGUGUGGAAGGAAGCAUUUUCUCCUCUUGAACUUUUCUAUAUACAGUCAUUUUGCCUUAUCUCGGGGAUCACCUCUUCAGCCUCCAUGGCCUUUAAGGACCUCCUGGAUCAAGUUGGAGGCCUGGGGAGAUUCCAGAUCCUUCAGACAGCUUUCCUUUGUAUCUGCGCCAUGAUAGCAUACCCUCAUGUUCUAUUGGAGAACUUCACUGCAGCCGUCCCUGGUCACCGCUGUUGGGUCCAAAUCCUCGACAAUGACACUGUCUCUUCUAAUGGCACUGGUAUCCUCAGCCAAGAUGCUUUCCUGAGAAUCUCUAUCCCACUGGAUUCAAACCUGAAGCCAGAGAAGUGUCAUCGCUAUGUCCAUCCCCAGUGGCAGCUCCUUCACCUGAAUGGCACCUUCCCUAACACGAGUGAACCAGACACAGAACCCUGUGUCGAUGGCUGGGUAUAUGACCGAAUCUCCUACUCCUCCACCAUUGUGUCUGAGUGGGACCUGGUAUGUGAAUUUCAGUCACUGAUCUCAGUGUCUAAAUUCUUAGUCAUAGCUGGAAUGCUGGUGGGAAACAUCAUAUAUGGCCAUUUAUCAGACAGGUUUGGGAGGAGGUUGAUACUCAGAUGGUGUUUGCUCCAGUUCGCCAUUGCUGACACCUGUGCAGCCUUUGCUCCCACCUUCCUCAUUUACUGCUCACUACGCUUCUUGGCUGGCUUUUCUGUCAUGACCAUCAUGUUAAAUAGCACCAUGCUCAUUGUAGAAUGGACAGUGCCCCGAUUCCAAGCCAUGGGAACAACACUUGCAUUCUGUUCUCAUAGUAUUGGACAGAUAAUAUCAGGAGGACUGGCUUAUGCCAUUCGAGACUGGCGCACCCUCCAGCUGGUGGUUUCUGUGCCGGUAUUUGUCAUCUUUCUGUCUUCAAGUUGGCUGAUGGAGUCUGCUCGGUGGCUGAUUAUCACCAACAAGCCUCAGGAGGGCUUAAGGGAACUCAGAAAAGCUGCACACAGAAAUGGAAAGAAGAAUAUCAAAGACACCCUAACCCUGGAGGUUUUGACACACACCAUGCAGGAGGAGCUGGAGACAGCACAGAACAAACCUUCUGUGUUUGACUUGUUCCGCACACCCAACCUGCGUAAAAGGAUCUGUUUACUGUCCUUCAUGAGAUUUGCAACCUUCAUUCCUUUAUUUGGCCUGAGUCUCAACCUCCAGCACUUGGGGAAAAAUAUUUUCCUGUUCCAGGUUCUCUUUGGUGCAGUCAAAAUUCCAAGCAAUUAUGUUGCCCUUUUGGCACUGAAUCACCUGGGCCGUAGAGUAAGCCAGAUGCUUUUCCUGUUCCUGCUGGGACUCUCCAUCCUAGCCAUCAUAUUUGUGCCCGAAGAUAUGCAGACUCCGCGUGUGGUUUUGGCCACUUUGGGAGUAGGAGUUUCCUCUGCCGCUAUCAUCAGUGCUGUUGCCCAUGCAAAUGAACUAAUCCCCACUGUCAUCAGAGCAACAGCUUUAGCUGUCACUGGAACUGUUGCUAAUAUUGGAGCAACCCUGGCUCCCCUCUUGAUGAUCCUAACCGUGUCUUCCCCCCACCUACCCUGGAUCAUCUAUGGAGUCUUCCCCAUCCUCGCUGGACUUGUUGUCCGACUCCUUCCUGAAACCAGGAAUCAGCCUCUGCCUGACUCCAUCCAGGACGUGGAAAAGAAGAGAAAAAGCUCAUUAAAAGCAAAGCAGGAAGAUAUUUGCAUGAAAGUGACACCACUUUAAGGAAUUCCAGGAAAUAAUUGCUGACUCAAGAGCAAAAUAAAGGGGAAAAAUGAGAUAAUUCUUCAUAAGGGAAAAUUUGUAAAAUACAUGCAUAAAAGUACAUAAUGGAAAAAUGGAUUUUUCCAAUUGCAGUAGUAAAUUACUAAGUAUAAAAUACCUAUAAUUAAUCAUAAGAAGAAAUGUGAAGAAAGCCAUAAUAUUUUAAAAGAACUUAGAACAUUUGUACAGUUGUAGAUAACUAGCAUGUUUCUCAAUGGGAAAGUUGAUUAAUACUAACAAUACCAAUUUUUCCCUCAAUUAAUUGGCAUAAUUAUUUAUAUAAUCAUAAGGACAAACUAUACACUUUUGGAAGAAUCUGAAAAAUAGAAAUUUCUCUGGGAAAUUAACGAUAAACAAGGUGAUUU